UGGCUACUAAGCUUGUUUGGAGAAACAAACUGUUAAACAAAAACUCACGGAACUGAAGCAUUUAUACCUGGAUUAUAUGCUUUCAAAAUGUCUCAGGCCAACGGUAAUAAAGAAUUUAGCAUGACAAAAGAGGAACUUGAUAAAUUUGAAAAAGCUCUGAAAGAUGAAGAGUUUCGAAAAUUGCUUGUGGAAUAUGCUCAAGAGAUAUCAGAUCCAGAAAACAAGAAGAAAUAUGAAGAAGAAAUAGCACAGAUGGAGAAGAUGAGAGGAAUGGAUGUGAAGUUUGUUAAUCCUGAGGGUGGUUAUGUUGUAAAAACAAGAGAUCUUGGUAGUAAUGUCAAAGCAUUUGUCAACAUUUGCAUGAAUCAACAUAUUGGACAAGCAUCUUCACAAUAUACUGAAAGAGAAGAGAAUGGAAAGAAGAGAGCUGGUCAUCAGUGGAACAUUCCGUACAGCUUAUCACAACCAAGAGAGGAUGUUGACAGAGCUGGCAAGCACUGUACUGUGUAUGAUGCCGUAUUCCACCCAGACACUUACAAGAAAGGUCAAGAGGACAAGAGGUUUAAACAGUUGAUGAUUGACACUGCUAUAGAUGGAAUACUGCGAGAGUUUAAAGCAAAACUGGACAAGAAAAACCUUAAAUUCCCAAAGAUGACAUUCAAGGGAGUUAAACAGUCUACAAUUAUAAGGACCAAGACAAAUGAGGUGCCUAAAGACUCAGCUGAGUUGAUGUUUGGUGGUGAAAAAUUUCCGUAUCCCUAUAGUGAUGAACCAAAAGUUGUGACAAAGGAGAAAAAACCAACAGUCAAGGAUGGGCAGAGACAUAAAAAGAAGACGGAUGAUCCCAGUGUACCAGAGUUUAGAAUUGUACAUCGAGGGCUUAUUGAUCUUCAGAACUUCACAAAUGCAAGGGAUUCUAAUCCUACCACAAGACCUAAAGAACUUGUUGUCUACAUUGACUUGCCACUGUUGGAGUCUGCUGCACAUUUGGAGUUAGAUAUUCUUGAGAAACAGCUGGUGUUGGUUUGUGAAAAGCCUCAUUACAAUUUAGACAUAGCACUGCCUUAUCCAAUUGAUGAAGAAAAGGGAUCAGCUAAAUUUGACAAAAGCAAAAGACAGCUGACUGUUACUUUACCUGUAUUACCAGCCACAGAUAUUUCUCAAAUGGAUAUGGGAAUUGUUGCAGACCAAGUAGAAGAUGAGGUACAACCAAAUUCACUGCAAUUAAGCAAUCAAGAUGUAGAACCUUUUUCUGGAGAACUUCAACAGCCUAAAGGUGAUUCUGUGGAGCAAAGUUUGAAGGUUAAUAACAGAAAGUUGUCCGAUGAGAGUAAUGAAGAGAAUAAAGUAUUGCACAUAUGUGGCGUGGAAGAUGAAACAGACAUUCGGUUUCAGCUACCAAGCUCGUCUUCAGAGCUCUGCUCUCCUUGUUUCUUUACCACUCCACCUUACAGAUACCACCAGCAUGAUGAUGUCAUCACAUUCAUUAUUGAUGUCCAAAAUAUUGCACUUGACUCAGUCUCAUUGGGAUUCAAAAAGAAUAAGGCAUACAUAAGCUUCCCAUCUGGUAAGUCUCACCCAGGAGAGCUACCUGCACCAGAGUACGCCUUGUAUCUGCAGUUUCCAGAUGAUCAUAACCUUGAUUCAGAUCUCUGUAACAUUGACGUCAAUGAGGAGAACCUCGUUUUGAACCUUUACAAACAGGAAUCCUGCAAGGGGAUGUGGGAUAGUUUUGAGGCAGGUUCAGGAGAAGAAAGUUUAAAAACUCAGUUCUUCGUUUCUGAAAAAAUGGUUGAUAAGAUGAUGGAGGAAGUUGCUGAGCAGGAUCCGUGGUCCACUGCUGCUCCUAAUGGUGAAGCACAUGCGAAAGUUUCUUCCCUUACCGAUGACUGCCUUACCAUUCGAACAGACAGAACUGAUCAAGGAAAGAGUCUUGGAAACGGUGAAUUCUUGGAAUCUCACAUUGAUGCUAAGAACGAGAAGCUAGACAAAAGGCGAAUGGGAGACAACAUCAGUUCUUACGAGGAAGUUAAAGUGACUAAGGUAGUGAAAGAUCUUGAAAGAAUCCAACUAGAGGAAAGCCAACAUAUAACUAAAUCAAACGGAGAAAGGAAUGGAAACACUGUGAUGUCGGACUCAGAGGACCCUGACAGCAAAGAAGCGAUUGCGGAAAAGGGUGACAGCUUCGUACCAAUUGAUGUUAUAAGCAACGCUGUAAGGAGCAGGAGAUCGAUUUUGAGGAGGACUUCAAGUACUUCCACCGAUGAUUCGCAAGGUGACGAGAAUGAGUCGAACGGAGUACCCGAUUCCCCGAGCAAGAAAAAUGUACGAUUUAAUCUUAACCCUAAUGUUCGUGUUUUUAGCAACAAGAAAGAUAAAAAGAAAAGGAAAUUAGAGGCAAGACUGAAAGCUGAAGCGCGUAAACAUUCUUUUGAAAGUGAAUCAAGUGGGUCUGAAUAUAGCAAUGGGACGUCACCCGUUGAUAGCGGAACGGGAUGGGACGCGUUUGAUGAUCAAUCCCGCAGGACAGGAACUUAUUCCGAAAAUGGAGAUACGGUAUCUAAAGUGAAUGAUGUACACUGUGAAGAUGAUAGUGUAAGUAAACAAGCCGGUGUCGAAGCUUUUGGGAUGGCCAACCAUUUGAUUUUUGAACUCGAUGACUAACCAUUUGUUGGCGCGCAAAUCUUGGUGUUUGUAAAUAUCAAAUAGAUCGUUUUUAAAGAAGGUUGUAGGUACAUAGGCAGGGUAUGUGUCUGAAUUCAAUUCACACGAAGUAGCCUCACAAAACAGCAAAUAAAAUUAACGUUUACCUUUAUUCAAAUGCUUAUGUCCGUUAUGUACUCUCUGGCAACGUGGAGAAGAGGUCGCCCGAUUUGGACUUGCUUUUGUAAUUACCUCUUUUAAAUCAUUAGCCAUGACUUUCAGAACAUGAAGGCCCCGAACCACUUGAAAAGAUUUUGAACUAUUUACAUUUAUUGUUUCUUUUAGACUUUACGUAUUUAUUGUAGAUUAUUAGCACUAUUAAUUAGUUACUCUAUAUCUCCCAGCGUUAGCCCAGCUUUUUGGGAGUAUAAGUUCCAAGUUCCAAGUCCAAUAUUCAGUGGAUAACAAAUACCAAAGAGAUGAGAAAAAUCCAUUACAUGAUAAAUAUGCGUUAGGAUGGAUAAGAGUAAGAGAGGAUUACAAAUGAAAAACCUUUAAAUUUUAAAAAUUCGAAAAUUUUUAGUCUCAGAUACACAAAUGGUAACGUAACUUCUUUUUUUCUUCCUUUUUUUAAUUAUGAAGCUAAUAAAAUGUCCCACAAAUGAAUAUUAACCUGA